AUGGGCAUCGAGAUACGGCCCAUCCAACCCGAGGACAUACCAUCUGUGGUUGAAUGCAUCCAGCUUGCAUUCGCCGAUGACCCGUACCAUCAGUGGGCUUUCGAUACUCGGCCAGGCAAGUUCAACAAGGAGCGCAACUUCGCCAGUCUGAAGGCCAAAUGUGAGUGGGGGAUGCGCAACGCGCUGUUCUACGUGGCCACGGACGCGGACCAGCCGGACGGGCCGGUGUUGGGGGUGAGCAUGUGGAUGAGACCAAGGACAGCCGACGACAAGCAGACCUGGGCCGAGUGGCUGGACGACUACAUCCUAUGGUUCAAGCAAGGCUGGAAUCUGGUCCGGUUUCAGGGCCGUGGCGGCCUCAACACCAACCGGUAUUGGAUCUGGAAGCGCGAGCAGGCCAUCGCCCAAGCCGAAAUUUGGACCGACCCCAACGGAUACUACUUCUGCAACAUCGUCACGGUCAGGCCCGGCAUCCAGGGCAAAGGCAUCGGUCGUCGGCUGUUCGAGGUCGUCACUGCCCGGGCCGACGAGGAAGGCCGCAAGUGUUAUCUGGAGAGCUCAAAGGAGGAACCGAACAUCGCCAUCUAUGAGAAGAUGGGAUUCAGACUCGCGCGCAAAAUGGUCUGUGAGGACAAUGGCGACAUAUGUGAUCUCUUCUGUAUGGUCAGGGAUCCUCAGCCUCUGUCGUGA